UGGAUGGAAGCCAAGCUCCAGUAACAUUGGUGCAUCAUGACGUCAACGCUUGUAAAUGUAGUUAAUUUUUUUGUUUUUAUUUUAUUUAAAUUUACUGUUUGAUCGUUUUCUCUAUGUAAAAACUCAAAGUCCCAUAAUGCAACGCUGAUUUUAUUUAAUUUUUUGCGCAGUUUUCGGGGCAGUAUACAUUGUGACCGUGUGAGGGACAUUGGAUGACUUUGUGCCUGUGGUUAGCAGGUUUGCUUUGUAGUUAGUCGAUUUAUUUGACCGGUACAGCCUUUCUUUCCCAGAGCUAUGGAGGCCCUUAUCCCGGUCAUAAACAAAUUACAAGAUGUGUUUAAUACGGUUGGCGCGGACAUUAUCCAACUGCCGCAGAUUGCUGUUGUUGGAACGCAGAGCAGUGGGAAGAGUUCAGUGCUAGAGGCUCUGGUGGGGAGAGACCUUCUGCCCCGUGGUACUGGCGUUGUCACCCGUCGGCCCCUCAUCCUCCAGCUGGUCCAUGUGGACCCAGAGGACCGCAGGAAGACCAGCGAGGAGAAUGACCCCAAUGCUUGGAGAAACAUGCGCCUUUACAAAGGUGUCGACGGAGAGGAAUGGGGCAAAUUUCUACACACCAAAAACAAGAUCUACACAGACUUUGAUGAAAUCCGGCUCGAGAUCGAAGCUGAGACGGAAAGAGUUUCUGGCAAUAACAAGGGAAUCACGGAUGAACCCAUACACCUGAAGAUCUUCUCCCCUCACGUAGUCAACCUCACACUGGUGGAUCUGCCAGGUAUCACAAAGGUGCCGGUCGGAGACCAGCCCAAAGACAUCGAGGUGCAGAUCAAAGACUUGAUCGUAAAGCACAUCUCUAACCCCAACUCCAUCAUCUUGGCUGUGACUGCUGCCAACACAGACAUGGCCACCUCAGAGGCCCUCAAAGUGGCCCGCGAGGUCGACCCGGACGGCAGGAGGACGUUGGCUGUGGUGACCAAACUGGACCUAAUGGAUGCUGGGACAGAUGCCAUGGACGUACUGAUGGGUCGGGUCAUCCCUGUCAAACUGGGCCUCAUAGGAGUGGUCAACAGGAGUCAGCUUGACAUCAACAAUAAGAAGACCGUGGCAAACUCCAUCCGUGAUGAAUAUGCCUUCCUACAGAAGAAGUACCCCUCCCUCGCCAGCAGAAAUGGAACCAAAUACUUAGCCAGAACGUUGAACAGGUUGUUGAUGCAUCACAUUAGAGACUGUCUCCCGGAGCUGAAGACUCGUAUCAAUGUGCUGGCGGCCCAGUACCAGUCCCUGCUGAGUAGCUACGGUGAACCUGUAGAGGACCAGAGCUCUACUCUGCUGCAGCUCAUCACCAAGUUCGCUGCAGAGUACUGCCACACUAUCGAGGGCACCGCUAAGUACAUAGAGACAACAGAACUGUGUGGUGGAGCACGAAUCUGUUAUAUUUUCCAUGAGACCUUUGGUCGGACGCUGGAGUCUGUCGACCCACUGGGAGGUCUGACCACCAUAGACGUGCUAACAGCUAUUCGGAACGCUACAGGCCCUCGGCCAGCCCUGUUUGUGCCUGAGGUGUCAUUUGAGCUGCUGGUGAAGAGACAGGUGAAGAGACUGGAGGAGCCCAGCCUGCGCUGUGUGGAGCUGGUUCACGAAGAGAUGCAGAGGAUCAUCCAACACUGCUCCAACUACAGCACACAGCCUGUUGUUCCCACUUGCUUCAAGAUGUCCACCACUGUUCCUGUACCGAAGAAAGCGAAGGAGCUGUUGAGAUUUCCUAAGCUCCAUGAUGCCAUAGUAGAAGUGGUCACAUCCCUCCUCAGGAAAAGGUUACCAGUUACCAAUGAGAUGGUUCAUAACCUGGUGGCCAUCGAGUUGGCCUAUAUUAACACCAAACACCCUGACUUUGCUGAUGCUUGUGGCCUCAUGAACAACAACAUAGAGGAACAGAGACGUAACAGAAUGAGAGAGCUACCCUCGUCUGUUCCUCGGGAUAAGACUGCAGGUGGUGGUUCCCAGGGAGACCAGGAUGUAGGGACAGGGAACUGGAGGGGCAUGUUGAAGAAGGGAGAGGAGGGGGUCGGCGGGGACAAGUCCAUGCUCCAGACUUCUAACCCUGGCAGCCCUCAGAGGGGCCACGCCGUCAACCUGCUGGAUGUGCCUGUUCCCGUUUCCAGGAAGCUGUCGGCCAGAGAGCAGAGGGACUGUGAGGUCAUCGAGAGGCUUAUCAAGUCCUAUUUCCUCAUCGUCAGGAAAAACAUCCAGGACAGCGUGCCCAAGGCGGUGAUGCACUUCCUGGUGAACCAUGUAAAGGACAGUCUGCAGAGUGAGCUGGUGGGGCAGCUGUAUAAGGCUGGUCUGCUGGAUGACCUGCUCACUGAGUCGGAAGACAUGGCCCAGAGACGCAACGAAGCUGCAGACAUGCUCAAGGCCUUGCAGAAAGCCAGUCAGGUGAUCGCUGAGAUCAGAGAAACACAGAUGUGGUGAGGGCCUCUACCUCCGUCCUCUCUCCCUCCCACAUGAACCGUAAAGCACUGAACCCUGUUCUGUCUCAAACCUACCUGGACUGCAGAGACGGCCAACUUGGAAAUACACUGGUGUCAAUUUGUGUUUAUUGAGUAUCAUCAAUUCUCCAUCCUCUUGAAGUUGUCACUUCCACACUCCCCUGUCAUGGUUUUAAAAGCAAUGGAUGUGUGUAAGCCUUGGCUGAAGGGAGUUUCAACCAAACCCAUGACCGGCAGUGUAAAACCACACACUUCUGGUAAUGAGUGGAGAAUGGGGACGCACAUUUCAAAAUAGUUGUAGAUUGUAUUAUAUGGACUUGACCUAUACAGUAUCAAUCUUCACCUGUACCACAUCGCACACCAAAAUGAUCUUUCAUAUGUAAGUAUAUUAUUAUAUUGAUGAACGUGUGAGGUCUACCUACUGAAUAAUGUGGAGUUACAUUAAAGAUGUUUCCUCUAGUUUCUGGCUUGCUGGUGUGUGUGUGUGUGUGUGUGUGUGUGUGUGUGUGUGUGUGUGUGUGUGUGUGUGUGUGUGUGUGUGUGUGUGUGUGUGUAUCCUGAGACUUGUAAAUAUUGUCUCACAUGUCUAUGCUACUGCUGAAAAUGUCCUUACAUUGGUAACAAUCUCUCAUUUGUGUCGCUGAUAUUUACAAAGAGCCGAGAAAUGCCACUCGGACGUAGAAGACGUGUUAUUUGUUGGUUGAAAAAGCACCAUAAUGCUGCUGUGAACCGUACGCUUCAACGUUAUUUUCACUCAACCGUACGUCUGUCGCUAAAUGUGUUUUAAGAUAUCUAGUGUAUUGAUGAGGUCAUUUGUCCUACUAUAUUGAUUAUGGGAUAAUGAUAAUUUGUUGUCAUACCCACAAUACCACGUGGUAAACUAUUGGUAGCAAAGGCAGGGCUGAAUUGUGUGGCAACGUCUAACUUGAAUUGGCCGGUUUAUUCUGUAUAUUCUCAAAAAGUGGUACCAGGGUUGAAUGAACCAUUUUAUUGACUUGUGAUCCAGUCUGCUGUUAUACCAGACGGAACAAUGAACAUCACGUAUACAGACACAUUAUCAUCAUGGCUGUCUGCCCUCGACCAUGGCGGCUGCUCCUUUACCUCACACGGCCCGUCUUCUUGCCUCGACCUUUGGCGCUGAGGGGUCAGGACAAGUUUAAGAAAUAUGAAUCACUUGGCAGCCAGGUCGUAAGCCCAAUAGUGAACGUCCCUGUUGCAGCACUUCACUGCACUCUGAGUCUAACACUACACCCAGAAGUGUGCACUUGUUCUCACUGCCUCUCAUGCAAGGGGGAGUCAGAGACUCUGGUGGAAAAAGUGGUCCACUUCUGGGUCAAGGGUGAAUAUGUUGAAUGGUUUGUCAGUCCAUCAGUAACACGGGAUUUGACUUCUUUUGGCUUGAUGUUUAUCAUUAAAUAGUUUGUUUGUGCUGUAAUUUCAGACCAGACCAUGUUGGCAAUUUACAUAGUCCGCAUAUACAAUGUCUUCAAUCUAUUGUGCCGUGAUCAUGCUAUACGCAAUGCGCACACACACACACAGAUGGACAUGGGCUGUGUAAGUGAUGGUCAUGGCUGUUUCUUUGGUUUCAAUCAAUGUUUGUUCCACUGGUCAUUAAAUGACCAUCCCUGCUUGAGAGUUUGAAAGGAAUGAUGGGAAAUGGAGUUGUUGAUGGAAUGGCAACCAGUGACUCAGCCCAAUUAAAAUGAAAACCACAAUGCUGGGUCUUGUUCAUUAGGAACAACAUGGAAGAAACUGUUCUAAACUGUACUCUGUACUCGUCCAAUAAGAGAUGCUUGUCUGUUUAUUAGUCUACGUGUUUUCAUUUUCUUUUAAUUUUGUACCCUAAUAAACACGACUCAGAAUUUCUUUGUCCUUCAAAGUCCAAA